AUGACAACCAUCCAAAGUGAUAAUCUUAAAGAUAAUACACAGAAGGUGACUCUCCUGGAUUUAUUAUUCGUACCACCGUUAAUUUGUUUUAAAUGUGGCUUUGCUCAUGAAUAUGUAACCACCUUAGUUAAACAUUUACAAGAAUACCAUGAUUGUGAAAAUUUAGUACCUCCAAUAAUAGAUAGUGGGAAAUAUAUAUGUGCAAUUUGUGAUCUAGAAUUUAUUGAUGAGGCUGCUUAUUUACUUCAUGAAAAAACUCAUUAUGAGAAUGUCUCAAAAAAAAAUCUUCUGGAGGAUGAAAUGAAAGCCAAACGGGAGCAGCAUCUUGCUAUUGGUUCUGUGGUAGACGUUCCUGAGGCAGUUUUAAAAAAAGGAAAACUUUAUUGUCAGCUGAGACAUGAUGACGUAAAUGCCACCGUCUGUUCCCUUAAAUUCAGAUCCCCUGCAAAAUACAGACAGCAUUGGUAUCAUACCCAUUAUCGAGUUGAUUGUGAUCAUUGUGGUAAAAAUGUGCUAUUCCAAAAUUUAAAAAAACAUCAACAAACGAUCAAUUGUGGUAAAGUUGAACAACUGGAACAAUUUAUAUGCAGAAAAUGUAAGAAGUCGUUAUUUGAUAAAAAAUCGUUGGUUUAUCACGAGGUGGCUUGUGAUCCACUGAAAAUUGUUAAGACUAAAAAGCAACGUUGUGGUUUAUGCAAUUUGGAAAUUGCAGAAGGAUCAGAAGCUUUGGAAAGACAUCAACAAUCAGUUCGAUGUAAAAGGUUAAGCAAUAGACCAUUGGAAGAAUUUCAUUGUGCUUUAUGCAAAAAAGUGACCAAUACCAAAAGAGGUCUUACCACUCAUUACAAAAACCAGCAUAAUAACGAGCAAAACAAGAAAAAAUCGGUUGAACAACAUGUAAAUGAAACAAUUUUGGAACCCCUUUAUGAUGCAUUUGGUGACUUAAAUCUUAAAUUCCAGAAACCAUUGAAAGUGAAUGAUUCGUUCGAAAUGGAUGAAAUAAAUGAUAGUGAUGAAAUAUUGGAAAUGAUGCCUAAUGUUGACCAUAUGUUAAAUGAUAAUGAUGAGUAUAUUUCCCUUGAUGAUCAAACAACAACCCACAAAGAGUUAAGUAUUGGAGAUAAAAUCAUGCAAGCUAACAAGGUUUGUAAAUUUUGUGAAAAUCAGUUCUAUUCCAGUAUGCACCUACUUCAUCAUUUCUUGAAGCAUCCAUUAUGUUUGAUACAAGCUAUUGCAGAAACAGAUUAUUUACAAAAUAUAAUCAGUCCACAGAUUGUGUAUGAUAUUACGGUUGAGCAAGCAGUUGAAAAAAUGACAACACAACAAGAACCAAUUGACUGUGCAUUAUGUAUCGAGUACCUGGUGGAAAAGCCUGCAAACUUUUAUACAGUAACAGCGUAUAAAUAUCAUUUAGCUAAAAUUCAUCAAAUGAUUUCACCAAAAGAUCAAGAAAUUUUCCUUGCAGGUGUUGAAAAUUCAUCUCAUAUCAAGGAUUUCAGAUGUUCAGAUUGUAAUUUGAAGUUUCAUCGGACUGACAGGUUAAGAAGUCAUAUUGAGUCUCAUCACAUUAGGUAUUCUCAUAAAUGUCCGGAUUGCUUGGAAAAUUAUUCAAGUCUGUCAUACAUGAUUAGGCAUGAACGUACACAUUGCAAAGCUGUUAAAAAUUUGAAAGAAAAAAUGAUUGAACGGAUCAUAAAACUAGGACUCUUGUGUUUGUCUGCAAUUGCUGAAGUAAAUGGCACUGAUAUAAAAUUGAAAAACUAUUUGGACAAAAAAGCUGGUGUAUAUGAGAAAGUGGAAAUUUUUUCGCACGAUGAAAAAAAAUUUGGUAGGAUUAUUGAUCAAAUUCCAAAGCCAUUUUAUCUCAAGAAAAAAAAUUUUGAACCAAAAGAAAAAAUUUACAAAUGGAUUAACCAGAACAUAAACAAAAGCAACAACAAAUCGGGUAAUCUUGAAACAUUAAUACAUGGCUCAGAUAUAUUGACAUUUCAGGAAUUGAAUAAUCCGGAUACAGACCCCAUUGGAUAUAUUCCCGGCUUUAAUGCUUACAAGGCGGCUUCAGAACUGCAGGUAAUCACGUUCAUAAGAAAAAAAACUUUUGAAGUUUCAGAACCUGGUAUCAUUAAUAACAAACUUAGUGAAAGAUUCAAAAGCCGCUUUUACGAUAUUACUAUUUCACGUGAAGGAUUUGAAAGAACAAUCUUAAAUAUAUACGGGCCUCAGAAUGAUAAAAAAGAAUUUUUAGAAGAAAUUAUAAGCAUAAUCCCAGACAUAUCAGAUCCAAAAUAUAUAAUAGUUGGGGAUCUUAAUUUGAGUAUCAGAGAAAAAGACACGCUUUUUUCGUCAUACAGCAGAGGUUUCAAAAAACUAUUUUAUCAAUUAGUGCAAAAGAUAAAGGGAGUAGAUGUACAUGCUCACUUGGAUCCUUCACAUACAUUGAUUACUCAUAUUGGGCACUCAUUCGCUCAUAGAUUGGACUAUGUAAUAGCAGAUAAGACGUUUUUGAAUCAAAUUCUUGAAUUCAAAGUCAGUUACCUUGGAAUUGGAGAUCAUCUUGGUAUUACUAUUCGUUUCAGUUGUUCGGAAAUUGAUGCAGAAUUUGAACAUUUAGAUUCGUGUGAUUCCGAAUUAUUAAUGUUAAGAUUGGUCUUGGGUGCUAAGAGAAAUAAGAUUAAUAGAGAUUUUUUAAAGGUAAAGUUUUAUGACUAUAAACUGACUUCGGAAUCAACGUUCAUGGAUACGUUAAUAAUGGGUUUUAAAGAUGGCUUUGAUCCAGAGUUGCCUUCUGUAAGUAUCGAAGAAGAAGAAGAAGAAGAAGAAGAAGAAGAAGAAGAAGAAGAAGAAGAACAACAAGAACAAGAGCAAGAACAAGAACAAGAGCAAGAAGAGCAAGAAGAGCAAGAAGAGCAAGAAGAGCAAGAAGAGCAAGAAGAAAAGAAUCAAUUGUUGGUAGGAUUAGAUGCCGAUGCUGUUGAUACUCACGAUAAAGGUGUUACGGUUAGACAAAAUAAAGCUAUUUUUACAUCAUCAAUGCCCAAGAGAAGAAGAAUUGCUCUAGCUCCAAUAGAAAAUGGAGUUUCCCAGAUGUCUCAUGGAGUUUCCAAAUCUAUACUAUGA